AUGGCCCUCAUUGUGGACCCUUUCCUACGGCAAACAUACUCACUGACGGUCAAGGCAAUGCAGAAUAUAUCGAAUAUAGCAGAUUUUGACCCCCAACGGCUAGGUGAGAAACCUUGGCAAGAUGAGUGGAGAUCAGAGUUCUUCAAUAGACUGUGGGAACUUCGUGGAAAUAUUGACCUCCUUGGAUUCGACAUGGGAAACACAAUCCGCGUCUUCUCCGAACUUGCUGACGACACGAGCUGGCCGGAGAUGCAAAAUAUUGACAUUGCCGGUGGCGGAAGAUGCGGCAACGACAGACAACCCAGCCAUACCAAGAUCCGAGAUCAGGAUGUGGAUGAUUUGAAAGAAUGGGAGAAUCUUGAAGCUACCAGGGAGUAUGCCGCAGGCUUCAUCGAGCGCACAACAAAUUCUUACCUCCAAGCCGCUACAGCGGAAGGGGCAAAGUUUUCCAAUGUUCAGGCGAAGACGUAUUAUUUCCAAGAAGAUGACAUUCGAGCCUCUGUGCGACUGUUCUUGCAUUGCCCGGUUAUUCUGGAGCGCAAGGCACUACAAGAUUCUGGCUUUUCUGGGUUGUGA